ACACCACAUCUCAUCUCAUCUCAUCUCAUCUCAUCUUCCCCACUUUGACUCUCUCUCUCUGCAAAAAAUCUCCAUUUGUGUCUCUUCUUCUGAGUUCGAUCUGAGUCUCUGGUUUUCGUGUUUUGUGAAGAUAAGCUAUUUGGGAUUUCCUUUUUCUUGCUCAGCAAUUGCCCUCUCUCACUGUACUUUGAAUAGAUUGUGGCAAAGUAAACAGUUUUAGCAAUCGGAUUAUAAACAGAAUAUGCGGUGGUAUAGUCUUUCUGUCGACGUGUUUCGAAAAGUCAUCUCCUUGAACUUGUAUUGUCGUGUGAUUCUGUAAUUCUCUUCCAAAAUUCCAACUCCCCUACAAUUUCCUCGCUUUCAAUCGAUUCAUAAUACAGAAAACCCCCCCAUGGGAUCAAAUCUGUUCGUCGUUAUUCCCUGCUACGUCCGCAGGAUUAGCUGAUUUUUUGUAUUCACAGCAUUUAAUCUGACCCAUAUCGAUCAAAUUCUUGUUUUGCUUGUUUGGGUUUUGUUUGAUCCUUUGUUUGUUGGAAGAUCGCGCGGUGUUGCUUUGAUUAGAAAAGGGUUGGGAAUUUGUAGUUAUGGUAAGCCAAGCAGCGAGCCAAACAAGAUUUCGGGCAUUGAAACACGAAAGUGGGAUUGCUGGGAGUGCCACCAUUAUAGUUAGAGUUAUAGCAUGCUUUCAACCUCUACAGGAUUGCCAGGCAGAAUAUUUUCGUCACUUGCUUAAGCCCGUUACGUAGGUUCUUUGUUUUUACACGCGUUUGUGUUUAAUUUUAAGCUGGAGUAUUUAGUUUUCACCAUUGUUUCUGAAAGGAAAGAAAAGCAACAAGUGAUCAGCGAUCUGUAAUACCACAAAACGUUGUUCUACUGGUGAUUGUUGCAGUUGGAUGGAAAAGGAUUUCGGAUCCUGGUUUUAUCACCAGCAUUCUGAUCGGCCACCACUUAAUUUGAAUACCUUGUGCGGUCCGUUCAACCUGGGGCAGCAAAAUGCUAUCUCCACUUAUACGAGCCCUCUUGCUAAUGUGGUUUCCACAAAUGCGAUUUCCACAAAUGCGACUCUGCAAGGGUUUCCUUUUUAUGGGGUUCCUCAAACUAAGGCAAGCCAACCAAUUGAACCUCGUGAUUGGUUUUAUGGUUUACCUCACUUCCAUCAGGCCUCGACUCCAGUGUCAAACUCCAUUUUGAAAGAGAGAAUCUAUGAUGGUCCGUAUAAGAAUCGUGAGGUUGUCGCACCUAAUUCAGCAUCUGAGUGUGCUCAAAAGAGAUUCCUCGUGUUUGAUCAGUCUGGUGAGCAAACAACCUUGAUUCUUAGUUCCAAGAUUGGGGUCCCUGUCCAGUGCCCGCCGGCUCCGUGGGGUCCAAAACUUGACAGUGGUUAUGAUUUGAAUAAGAUAGAGCUAGGAACCAGAAGAGAUACCAUUCUUUCUCCUGGGCCCAUUUUGACUGAUGAGGGUAAUGAAAAUCAUGGAGAUGAUAUGGGCAGUGAGAUGCACGAAGACACCGAAGAGCUCAAUGCAUUGCUUUACUCUGAUGAUGAGUACGGCGAUGGCGAUUAUUCUGAAGAUGGCGAAGAAGCAAGCACUGGACAUUCGCCCAGUAUGAUGACUGUGUAUGAUAAACGAGAGUGGUUUGAGAAAAGUGAUGAAGAAGUUGCUAGUUCGGACUGGCCUACCAAAAAGAGGAAACUGUUUGAUGGAGGUUAUGAUGUGCCACCACUCAUGAACACUGCUGCAAGCUCUGUUAAACCCCAAAAAUGCUUCGAUUAUGAAGACGAUGCGCAAUCUAGUUGUGCGGAUGGCAAAAAUAGCGGUCUUGGAGAAUCGGGUUUGUUCUCAGGUAACAAGAGAUCAAGGACAGACACGAUACGAGAGACUGUGAGCAAACUGCAAAACAUAAUUCCUGUGGGGAAGGGUAAGGAUGCGAUUGUGAUACUUGAUGAAGCUAUUAAUUUCUUGAUAUCCUUGAAGCAUAAAGCUGAGGCUUUAGGAGUCGAUGCACUCUGAGAAUCUAUUUGUCUUACAAGUAUUAUUAGCAAUAAUAUUAGCAGAAUUGGUGUGUGCACAGUAUAGACGUUCUCAAUACCAGAAGUGAAAAUUGGAGAUUGUGAAGAUAGAACUCGAACGCUUUUCAAGUCUUCUUUGAUGAUUUCAGUUGGAACCAGUAGCUUUGGUUCGUUAAAUCUCUAGCCCUCGCCUAGAGAAAGAAAAGACUGGUGUAUUAAUGCCCUCAUAGAGGGAAGUGAAUUAUUGGUUUUUGUUAAAAGAACCAACCUCAAAAAUGGGGAGAGUGCACGCCGAGUGGGCGACUUUGGGACCCGCAUCUUCGUUUGCUCACCCUUUUUUUGUGUCAUCUUCAUGUGGUUUUGUUUGUGGGAUUUUCCUUUCUGAUGGAGCAAAUUGCACAAGCGAAGCUACUUUGCAUCACGCAGUUGCUUUAGAGGUCUCAAUCAACCACCACACACAUGUAUCGAUCAAGCAUCGAUCAAUUGAAGCUUUGUUGUUGUACGCGCAUGUUCUUGUGAAUCUGCUAUUGGUCAUGUGAUUGGGUAUGGUUUAUGUAACUUUAAAUAAUGAAAACAAACAUGUGUGCGCUUGUUGCUAUCAUGAAUUGUGUGUGUUACAUGUAACGUAUGCUUAGUAUUGUUAGUAGUGUAUGUUGGUUGGAUGAUGGAUGUGUAAAUUGCUUUUGUUUGGAGUUGCUGUUGUCUUUACGCCUAUUUGCUAAACAACGCAUGCAAGAAUUUAUAAUAGGAGACAGCGAUGUUUAUAUGGAUAUA